AGGCAGAAGAGAUGAUCCCGCCCUGGCAGGCUUCAGGGCUCCACUCUUCGGCAAUGGGCCCCGGCUCUUCGGCGCCCGAGUCGCCCUCCGAGAUGCCAGUGCCCACAGAGAUGCCCACCAGCCCAGUGAUGGACAUUGGAGAGGCACCACUACCUGUGCCAAUUGCGCCCUUGUCUGAAGGCGAAGAAGAGGCAACGGUGCAAGAGGCCGAGGUGCCAAUGCCGUUGAGGUCCGCAGGCCUUCCAUCUUCAGCCUUGGUCUCGUCCUCGAUUGGAUCACCCUCAGAAAUGCCCGUGCCCACCGAGCUUCCCACCAGUCCGGUUUCGGAGACCGACGAGGUCGAGACGGUGCAAGAGCCCACGAUUUUCUCAGGCGGCUCGGUGUUAUCUACGCAGUUAGGUGACGGUGUAUAAAUACCAUCAUAUGGUCUUCACUCCUCGGCCAUGGGCCCGAGCUCCUCGCAGCUGGAGUCGCCGUCGGAGAUGCCGGUACCUACUGAGAUGCCC